GUAUCAACCAUGAUUUAGAUGGUGGAAGAUCAUGGACAGCUGGUGACCUUCUCGUGUAUUGUUUGGAAGAUCUGGGAAAGUAUGAUUUCAAACGAUUUAAGGAUAAAUUGUCAGAUUUUGUAUAUAGGGAAAUAACUUCAAUCCCACGUGGAAUUCUUGAAAAGGCAGACUUCAUAUCCACAAAGAAUCGCCUUAUGGAUACUUAUGGAGAGGAGGCUCUAGAUGUAACAAUCAAAGUGCUUCAGUUAAUUGGUCUUAUGGGACCUGCACAAAAACUCCAAGAGGGUAUAGAAAACCUGUGUGAGUAUGAAUAUGUAAAAUAUUACACAACGCUCAAUAUUUAAUCAUUAGUAAUAUAGACUGGCAUCCUAAGUACUUCAAUGUUUCUAGUUCUUUAAGGACCAUGCAAAACACCUAAAGUUAGUUAGCUUGCUGAAGUGCUUUAUAUGUGUAGAGUGUGUCUUUUUUUUAUUUUACAAAAAGUUCAGGCUUCAAUAGAAAAUUAUGCUUUUAUAAAUUAAGUUGCUAAAAUCCUCUGACUGUCAAUCAGACAAACAACCCUCUAACUUCCUGGUAGUUAAGCUCAGUGGAACUAAACUCAAGAGACAGACAAUUGCCCAGAGCCUUACAAAGAAUUAUCAGUGAACUGCAUUGGAAAGCCUGUGAUUGGACAGCCAAAAACAAUCUGGGCUAGGCAGGGCCGGAUUAACAUAGGGGCUGAUGGAGCUGCAGCUCCAGGCCCAGGCCCAUGGAAUAGGCCCAUUUAAAAAAAAAAAAAAAAUUUUUUUUUCACACUAAUCUUAGGUUUGCCACCUGACUGGUAUUUUAAUGGCACAGGCGGUAUUUGAGGCUGCCUGGCCGUGCCGGUAUUGCAGUAAUACCAGCAAUACAAAUACAGGUAAUUUUCUCAGAAUAAAUGGAAAUUACUACACUACCAGCACCGGCCAGUAGGGGUCACUGUGUGUGGAGAGAGGCAGGUAUAGGAAGUUACAGAAUAUCCCUGCCUCUCUCUACUACUUACUGAUCCCUGGGAGAGCAGCUACACAGCGCAGACAGUCCAGACAGCAGCUUUACAGCUCAGGUAAGUGAGGGAUGGGGGGAAAGGCAGCAGGGACACAUGGAGACACAGACACUAGGGGACACAUGGGGACACAGACACUAGGGGACACAUGGGGACACUGAGACACUAGGGGACACAGACACUAGGGGACACAUGAUGACACAUACACUAGGGGACACUGAGACACUAGGACACAGACACUGGGAGACCUGGGAACACAGACACUUGGGGACACUGGAAAACAUGGGGACACUGAGACACUAGGGGACACUGGAAAACAUGGGGACACUGAGACACUAGGCGACACAGACACUUGGGGACAUAUGGGACACUGAGACACUAGGGGACACAGACACUAGGGGGCACUAAGACACUAGGGGGCACUAAGACACUAGGACACAUGGGGACACAGACACUUGGGGACACUGGAAAACAUGGGGACACUGGGACACAUGAGGAUGCUGAGACACAUGGGGACAUUGGGAGACACUAUGUUCCCAUGUCCCCCAGCCAGUGUCCCUAGUGUCUCAGUGUCCCCAGUCUCCCAGUGUCUGUGUUCCAUGUCUCUCAGUGUGCCUAGUGUCCCCAUGUCUUUGUCCACAACUGUCCCCAUGUCUCCCCAAGUGUCUCUCCCAGCCAGUGUCCCCUAGUCUCCCAGUGUCCCCUCAGGGCCGGCGCGUCCAUAAGGCGGCACAGGCGGCCGCCUUAGGGCGCACGAGCUCUGGGGGCGCAAUAUUUCAGUGACCGGCAGGAGGGAAGCUCUCCCUCCUGCCAGGCCACCAUCUCGACCCCCGGCGCAGCGCGCGGCAGUGCUGUGAUCAGGCGGGCGAGGGAGCUCUAAUCUCCACCCUCUGCUCCCUCGCGCGCUGCCUACUGAUGCCGCGGGAGCCGGAAUAUGACGUCAUCAGUAGGCAGCCCGCGAGGGAGCAGAGGAUGGAGAUUAGAGCUCCCUCGCGCGCCUGAUCACAGCACUGCCGCGCGCCUCUCAGCAGCCCCAGCCCUCAGGGACUGAUCCAGCAUCCACACCAGCUCUCCAGGUAGGGAGGCUGGGUGGAAAAUGUUUAUUUAUAAAAUUAUUAGUGAAUGUAUGUGAUGUGUGUCUGUGUGUGUGUGUCUGUGAGUGACAGUGUGUGUGUCUGUGUGUGUGUGUCUGUGAGUGACAGUGUGUGUCUGUGAGUGUGUGUCUGUGAGUGACAGUGUGUGUGUGUGUGUCUGUGAGUGACAGUGUGUGUGUCUGUGUGUGUGUCUGUGAGUGACAGUGUGUGUGUGUGUGUCUGUGAGUGACUGAGCGUGUGUCUGUGUGUGUCUGUGAGUGACAGUGUGUGUGUCCAUGAAUGACUGUGUGCGUCUCUGUGUGUGUCUGUGAGUGACAGCGUGUGUCUGUGAGUGACAGCGUGUGUGUCUGUGAGUGACAGCGUGUGUGUGUGAUUGUAUGAGUGUGUGUGCAUGUGUGUGUCUGAGUGACUGAGCAUGUGUCUGUGAGUGACAGUGUGUGUGUGUGUCUGAGUGAUUGUAUGAGUGUGUGUGUCUAAGUGACUGAGCGUGUGUCUGUGAGUGACAGCAUGUGUGUCUGUGAGUGACAGCAUGUGUGUCUGUGAGUGACAGCAUGUGUGUCUGAGUGACUGAGUGUGUGUGUGUGAGUGAGUGAUUGUAUGAGUGUGUGUGUCUGAGUGACUGAGCGUGUGUCUGUGAGUGACAGUGUGUGUGUGUGUGUGUCUGUGAGUGACUGUGUGCUUCGGUGUUUGUCUGUGAGUGACAGUGUGUGUUUGUGAGUGAGUGACUGUCUGUGUGUCUGUGAGUGAUUGUAUGAGUGUGUGUGCAUGUGAGUGUAUGAGUGUGUCUGUCAGUGUAUGAUGAGUGUGUUUGUCAGUGUAUGAGUGUGUGUCUGUCAAAUCAGUGAGAGUAUGUUUGUCAUUGAGUCUGUGUGUGACUAUCAGUGUGUCUGUCAAUGAGUGUCAAUCAGUGUGGGUCUGUCAGUGUCAAUGAAUGAGUGUGUCAGAUCAAUGAGUCUGUGUCUGUCAGUGACGUCUGUGUGUUUGUCAUUGAGUGUGUGACUGUCAGUGUGUACAGAGUGUAGUGGAGCAGAGCGCGGUACAGGAGCUUCUGUUUCCUGUACCUGGCCAGACUGACAGGAGGUGCUCACAGAGAGAGCACUCCCUGUCAGUCCGUCCGGGUACAGAAAACUGAAGCUCCUUUAGGGGAUCUGCUCCGCCCGGCAAUGCAACAAUAGAGGUAGGAGGCACACACCAGGAAGUGUGACCACUAAAGGGGUGGGGGGUGCACCAAGGGACAGGGAGGGAAUGGGAGAGAAACACCAAGAGACAGGGGGGAAAGUGGGGAGGGGAGAAGAACACUAAGGGACAGGGAACGGAAGGGACCACUAAUGGUCGGGGAGGGGAGAGGGGCUGGUUAAGACGCACAUAGGUGAAGAUUUUGGGGGGGGGGGGCGGAAAAAUGCAUCUUCGCCUAUGUACCUAAAAAUCCAAGCACCGGCCUUGUGUCCCCUAGUCUCCCAGUGUCUGUGUCCCUAGUGUCUUAGUGUCCCCAAAUGUUUCAGUGUCUCCAUGUCACCCAGUGUCUGUGUUCCUAGUGUCUCAGUGUACCUGGUGUCCCCAUGUCUCCCAGUGUCCCUAUAUGUCCCAGUGUCCACAUGUCUAUGUCCACAACUGUCCCCAUGUCUCCCAGUGUCCUCAUGUCUAUGUCCACAACUGUCCCCAUGUCUCCCAGUGUCCUCAUGUCUAUGUCCACAACUGUCCCCAUGUCUCCCAGUGUCCCCAAGUGUCUGUCUCCCAGCCAGUGUCCCCUAGUCUCCCAGUGUCUGUGUUCCCAUGUCUCUGUGUCCUUAGUGUCCCCAAAUGUUUCAGUUUCCCCAUGUCUCCCAAUGUCUGUGUCCCUAGUGUCCCAGUGUCCCCAUUUCUCCCAGUGUCCCCAUGUCUCUGUGUCCCCAUGUCUCUCAGUGUCCCCAGUAUCUUAGUGACAUGGGGGGACACUGAGACAUUGGGACACUGGGAGAAAUGGGGACACAGACACUGGGAGACUAGGGGACUGGACGACAUGGGGACACUGACACUGUGAUACAUAGGGACACUGAUACACUGGGUGACUUGCGAGACUGAGACACUGGGAGACAGGGAGACACUGGGAGCAAUCCAUCUAUACAGCAGAAUCAAACAGUGAGUAGUUUGUUGGUGAUUUUACAGAAUUUUCUCUGAUGUCAAUCCUUGUGAUUUACAUCAUGUGAUGUCACGCAUAACUAAUUAAUUAUACAAAUGAUUAAGGCUGGAAUUUUUUUCCAAGAAGGUGGCAACCUUAACUACUCUUCACAUACUCUUGCUUACCCCCUUAAGGACACAUGACAUGUGUGACAUGUCAUGAUUCCCUUUUAUUCCAGAAAUUUGGUCCUUAAGGGGUUAAAGGAGCACUAUAGGGUCAGGAACACAAUCAUGUAUUUCUGACCCCACUAUGUUAAAACCACCACCCUGGCCCCUUCUUGCCUCCCUAAAUAUAGUAAAAUAUUACUUGUAUUCAAUUCUGCAGCUGCUGGCUCAGAAGUGGUGGUCUGAGCAAAUUACAAUACUUCCCCAUAGGAUUGGCUGAGACUGUCAACUAGACAGAUCAGGGGCAGAGCCAGCACAAGUCCAACAUAUCCCUGGCCAAUCAGCAUCUCAUCAUAAAGAUAAAUUGAAUCAAUGCAUCUCUAUGAGGAAAGUUCAGUGUCUGCAUGCAGAGGGUGGAGACACUGAAUGGCAGUGCUGCACACUAGGCAGUACUGCCCCAGGAAGCACCUCUUGCAGCCAUCUAAGGAGCGGCCAGUGGAGUUAUUUUCUCUGAAAAGACAGUGUUUACUGCAAAAAGCCUGAAUGGAAUGAUUCUACUUACCAGAACAAAAACAAUAAGCUGUAGUUGUCCUGGUGACUAUAGUGUCCCUUUAAGUUUGGAAGCUUAAGAGGGAUGUAUGGGAACAAAACUUGUGUGCACUGGCUGAUAUUAAAAUUAGUUUAGGUAAUGCAGACGUUGGUCUCUCUAACACUGUGGCAUGUCCCCUUUCUUCUAUACUCACUACAGACACCUUUUCUCUGUCUCAGACUAUAUACCAGGAACUUCUGCCUGCUAGUAAGAAGGUAAGGAGACAAGUGCUAGGGGACAGUCCUUAGAAAGAAUGGAGUGAGCGCAUCAUUAGAUGCAUUUAUGUCAAGCUCAAGGUGCUGCCUGCAUAGUAUGCCCUUAGUUGGCCAGCCUGCAGGAUUGGCAGGCAGCCUGACAUGCAUUCAUGCCAGACUGACCUUCCAAUUCUUUGGACAAACAUGCCCCCUUUUUGGGCAUGUUCACCCCUUUUGGCAGGUCUUGUCACGUGAUUUGCGCCAGUGGCACACCCUUUUACCCCGCCCAUUGACUUCCUGCUUUGUUGGACACUGCUGUUAGGGGUUAUGGAUUUACUUGAAAGAUGAAAGCAUAAAUUAGAGAAAGAUUAGCAUAGAGUGUUUGUUUUCUUAUAGCUGCAUCCUAUGAGUUUCCCUCCAGCACCAUCUCCAUCAGAUACAUGAUGCUUGGGAGGUAUGACUGUUUUAGUGUUUUUGGUCGAUAAGAUUCCGUAAUUAGGCCCAUCAUAAUUGUCAGCACCAGGCCCACUGUGCUCUUAAUCCGGCCCUGGGGCUAGGGAAGAAGGGGAGGGCUUGAAAUUGCUUCAGACAAGAAAUCUGCAGCUUUUACAAGCUGGUAUUAAAUAUACCACCAAUGGAAAAUGUCCAAUGAAAUACCUGCAUGUUUUCAUUGGGGGUAUAUCUUCUUAACAGUGAUUUUUCUUUAAUAUGUAUGCAUUUGAGCAGUGGAGAUUCCCUUUAAGUAACACUGUAAAUGACUUGACUACUACACAGCAUGAAUUACACUAACUAUGUUGUGUAAAAUGUAGAAAAUGAAAAGAGCAAUAUCUCUCACAGAAACUGUGAAAUAAAUGGGGGGGAAAUGAAAAUAACUUUACCUUAACAAUCAAAAGUAUUUAGAGUAUUGCUUGAAAAAAACAAAAAACAUCAUGCAGUGUUUACAGCAACUAUAUAUAAUAAUAAAGUAGUGCCUUUGCAUUGUACACUUACAAUGUUCUGUGUCACUUAACUUGGCUCAAACUGGAAAAGCUUGCUAUGUAUUUAAAUUGUCAAAAUAACACUCAUGUCUGAUAGAGCCUCCAAACUGGCUCUAGGUAUAGGAGUAGCACUCCUUAAGAACAAAGAAUACCAGCACAUAAGGCACUACUCACAAUCCAGACAUCAAUGGGUUAAGGCUGGGUCUUUUGUAAUCAUUGAUACAAAGUACAUUGACCUCUGUUUAAAAAACAUGGAGACACACAUGGACUGUCAGCAACAGCGUAAUAUUGUAUUUAACCUGUGCACAGCCAGAGACCCUGGCUAAUGCUCCACUUAACAGAUGAUCUAACUUAAAAGAACAAUAUAGGCCCCUCUUGCCUCCCUAAAUAUAGUAACAUCUUACUUAUGUUCAAGUCUGUAGCUGCUGCCUCUGACCCUGAUCUGCCUGCUGUCUGCUAACAUCACCAGACAGCAGCCAAUCACAAUGCUUCCAUUUUAGGAUUGGUUAAGACAGUCAAGUAGGCAGUUCAGGGGCAGAGCCAGCACAAAACAAAGACAUGCCUGGCCAAUCAGCAUCUCCUCAUAGAGAUGCAUUCAAUCAAUGCAUCUCUAUGAAGAAAGUUCAGUGUCUGCAUGCAGGCUGUAAUGUAAACUCUGCAUUUUUCUAAAAAGACAGUGUUAAAUGCAAAAAGCCUGAAGGCUCUACUCACCAGAAUAAAUACUCACCAGAAUGCUGUAGUUGUUCUGGUGACUAUAGUCUCCCUUUAAGAAUGGGGAUACCUUCAAGAUAUAAGAUGACAAAACAAGACUGGAGUUAAAAUCUACAGGAUCUUUAACCCCUUAAGGACACAUGACAUGUGUGACAUGUAAUGAUUCCCUUUUAUUCCAGAAGUUUGGUCCUUAAGGGGUUAAGGAGGAUUACCUCCAAGCCACUAGUAAUCGCUUCCUAAUUAUAAGACCUUAAUCCCAUAGUAAUUACUCUGUUGCAACGGAUCCUAUGUAACUAUAGCAUCAGAAAAGAAAAUAUGUUAUAAAAAUUGACAGAUCUCAACUUUAGUACGAUAAUGUGACAAAAUCCUGGAAUAAUUGAUAAACUCAACAGAAGAAGCUGAGCAAAAUUGAAAGUAAAGCUGUAAAAAAAAAAAAAGAAUAAUCUUUAAUUUCCUACUCUGGUAACUUCUGUUAUUAUUUUUAUAGGCUUGACAAGGACUGGGUUUACAACAAAACGCCUGGAAGGUAUGUAAAUUAUGUUUUUAUGUCAUAAAUUUACAGACAUUAAAACUGAAUGAACUGCAGUAAACAUUUACUUGCCUUGGAUUUCUAUAAUGUCUUUGAUGCUGGACUGUUAAUAUUGUAUAUUUACUGACUGAAGUUUAAAAUGUCUAUAUUCCCUGGGCAUAUUGCAGCAUUACCAGCUCAUCAUCUGAAGGGGCAGUGGCGUACAUACCAGGGUCGCAGGGGUCGCGGCUGCGACUGGGCCCGGCCCACCAGGGGGCCCGGCCGCCCCUGCGACCUGGUAUGUACCCACAGGGCCAGCCUCUUCUCCUGGGGGGCCCAGGAUGCGGCCACCUCAGGGCCCCCCGAGGCUGGCCCUGCUGACCCCGGAGGGCUGUCUGUCUGGCCGGCGCGUGAAGGAGCACUCUGCUCUGAGUGCUUCCUCUUCAGCUCCCUCACGCACCGCACUGAUACCGGAGCCCGAAGAUGACGUCAUCUUCCGGCGCCGGCAUCCCUAUGCGGCGCGCGAGGGAGCUGAAGAGGAAGCACUCAGAGCAGAGUGCUCCCUCACGCGCCGGCCACCCAGACAGACAGCAAGCCAGCUGCCGAGGUCAGCAGCACCACUGGACCCCAGGGAAUCCCCUCAGCAUUCCAAAAGGUAAGGAGGUUGGGGGAUUAAAUUAAAAAAAAAAAAAUGUGUGUGUGUUUGUGUGUCUGUUAGUGUGUGUUAGUGUGUGUGUGUUAGUGUGUCUGUUAGUAUGUGUUAGUGUGUGUGUGUUAGCGUGUCUGUUAGUAUGUGUGUGUGUGUUAAUGUGUGUGUGUUAGUGUGUGUGUGUGUGUUAGUGUGUGUGUUAGUGUGUGUGUGUGUGUGUGUGUUAUUGGGUGUGUGUCUGCUAGUGAGUGUGUUACUGUGUGUGUCUGUUACUGAGUGUGUUUGAUGUCUGUUAGUGAGUGUGUGAUUGUCAGUGAAAGUGUAUGUUUUGUGAGUGUGAAUGUAUGUCUGUCGCUGAGUGUGUCUCUGUCAGUAAAUGUGUGUGUCUGUUAGCUAGUGUGUAUGCAUCUGUUGGUGAGUGUGUGUGUGUGUGUGUCUUCAGCAUUUACCUUUCUCCAGUGUCGGACUCCCUUGGCGCUGGGGAUCCCUCUGCCUCUCAGCUCCGAAUGCGCAAGAGGCGCGCGCGCAUUUAAACCGCCCAUAGGAAAGCAUUACUCAAUGCUUUCCUAUGGACGUUCAGUGUCUUCUCACUGUGAUUUUCACAGUGAGAAUCGCGGAAGCUCCUCUAGCAGCUGUCAAUGAGACAGCCACCAGAGGCUGGAUUAACCCUCAGUGAAACAUAGCCGUUUCUCUGAAACUGCUAUGUUUUCAGCUGCAAGGUUAAAACUAGAGGGACCUGGCACCCAAACCACUUCAUUGAGCUGAUGUGAUCUGGGUGUCUGUAGUGGUCCUUUAAGUGUGUGUGCAUACCACGGUCGCAGGGUCGCAGCCCUGCAACCCCUGCGACCAGGUGCCUGCCGUCAUGUGUUGCGGCCCGACCCGCGCAGAGUAAGCGCGGGGGGGAGGGGGGCCCACGGAUCAAUUUUCGCACCGGGGCCCCAUGGGUCAUGUGUACGCCACUGUGAAGGGGUAAGCAACCUUUGGUAAUAAAGAGGUUGUGGACUACAUCUCCCAUGAUGCUCUUACAGCCACAUGCCACAUCAGGGGAGAUGAAGUCCACAACCUCUUUAUUACCAAAGGUUGCUUACCCCUUCAGACAUACUUGAAAACGAGAGAAAUCUCAAAUGUAUCUUUCCUGGUAAAAUAUUUUAUAAAUAAUAAAUAAUGUAAUUCCAAAGGUUGCCUACUCCCGAUCUACUGCUUUCUGUGGACAGCUCACAACUAAAUUAAUAAUAAAAUACAUUGCAAAUAGCAAAGUUGUAAAAAAAUGCUGUAGCUUAUUUAUUUUUGUAAUUAUGCAUAUAAGAAGCAUAGGUAAAAUCAUGUUUCCUCUCUUUUACAGUGUUUAGAGUAAGAUACAUGAAUUGUGUGAGGCGUAAAUUCCAGCAUAUUCAAGACACUAAUGCCCGCCUUGGUGAUGCUGUUGCUUUUAAAAAAAGAUUCACAAGACUGCUAAUGAUACAGGAGCAUCGCACUGAAGAGGAAAGAGAGCAUGAACUAACAUUUACUGGAAGGAUGCACUUGCGGAUAAUGGCUAAUCGUUCGUCAGAUGAAUAUUCACCAACAUCUAUUCUAUCUCUGUUUGAUCCUGAUGAUGAUGAACUAAUUCCAGAAAUCGUGGUGAUACAGGGGCCAGCUGGCAUUGGAAAAACUAUGACAGCCCAAAAGAUCAUGCUUGAUUGGGCCUGUGGGAACCUGUAUCAGAACAUGUUCAAUUUUGUGUUUUACAUGAGUUGUAGGGAAAUAAACAACAUUAAUAAUCAAAUAAGCAUUGCUGGUUUGAUAUACAAAUUAUGCCAGCUAAAGUGUCCACCAAAUCUGAUGAAAGCAGUUUUUGAAGAUUCAGAUAAAAUACUUAUUAUUGUUGAUGGUUUUGAUGAAUUAAGAUGUAAGCUUAGGAAUGACAUGGAGAUGUGUGAUGAUCCAUUUCAAGAGACCUCCAAAGAAAUCCUCAUCAAAAGUCUGUUUGAAAAGCAGAUUCUCGAGGAUGCCUCACUUAUAAUCACAACAAGGCCAUUUGCGUUAGACAGACUGAGAGAAUAUGUAAGUUUUCCCCGUUAUGUGGAACUUCUUGGGUUUACAGAGCGUGACCGUGAGGACUACUUCCACAAGUUCUUCCAAAAUAAAGAACUAGCAGAAGCAGCUCUAAACAUUAUUAAAGAAAAUGGAACCCUAUUUACAAUGUGUGUUGUCCCUAUAACAUGCUGGAUUAUAUGUACUGUAAUGAAACAGCAAUUAGAAAGGGGUAUAUAUGCAGUCUAUGCCAAAACAUCCACCUCUGUUUAUAUGCUCUAUGUAAAACAUUUAUUAAAAGUUCAUGGGAGAAAUUCUAACUUUAGUUUAAUAACAUGGGUAAGGAAGCUCUGUGCGCUCGCAAAUAAUGGAAUUUGGGAACAGAAAAUCCUGUUUGAUGAAGAAGACAUUAUGGAACAAGGACUUGUAAUAUCAGACAUAGAAUCUCUCUUUCUAAAUGAAAAUAUCUUUCAAAGGGACAUUGACACUUGCACCUGUUACAGCUUUGUUCAUCUAAGUGUACAGGAGUUCUUUGCUGCCUUACAUUAUGUAAUUAAGGAGGACACAGAAAGCAAAGACAGUUCAGAAAAUCAUCAAAUCCAUGAGGCAUCUGUGGAAACUGAGAACAACCAUGAUUUGGAUGAAUUAAAAUUACAGAGGAAUUUCCAAAACCUCUUGAAGCAGUCCAAACAACAUCAACACUUACUCUUAACAGUCCGUUUUCUAUACGGACUCUCCAGUGAAACUGAAACACAUACACUUCAACAAAUGUUUGGGUUUAGCAUGUCAAGUGAAAUGAGAUCUAUAUUGGAAGAGUGGCUUCAGAAAGAGUUCCCUUUUAAUGAUCAUGAAAACUUGCACUGUUUAUACGAGACACAAGAUGAAUACUUUGUCAACAGGGUUAUGUCUCGAUAUAUACAGCUUGAAAUUGGUUCAGAUUUUAAUAUGCAAGCUCUUUCAUAUAGUUUGAUGAAUAGUUCAAAAAAUCACCACAUUUGUUUUUUUGAAAUUUUCUUUGGUCCAAAGUCCCAGCAAACUUUGACUAACCUGCUUCACAAGUGCUUUGAACUUCA